AGUUUGAGGGAGAAGGAGGAAAAUGGCCGCUCGGGCUGAGCGGUAGACGGCGGCUCGGAGUCUCCUUUUCAGUCUGACAGCGCCGGUCGUAUAGAGGGCUCCUCCGCGGGGGCCAGAAAGAGGCCCCAGCCGGGCUUCCAGACGGCACUGAAAUACAGCUAACUGAAGCUUUUCUGUGAAGAUGGCGAACCUUUUGAGUGAUAGUCUGCUGACUUAUGUGGAAGAGGAAAAUAUUCCUGGCCUGAGAGCAUUUCUAGAAAAAUGCAAGGAUGUGGAUGAAAGAAAUGAGUGUGGCCAGACUCCAUUGAUGUUAGCUGCUGAAAAUGGCAAUCUUGAGAUAGUAAAAGAGCUAAUUAAGAAUGGAGCUAACUGCAAUCUGGAAGAUGUGGAUAACUGGACAGCUCUUAUAUCAGCAGCAAAAGAAGGCCAUGUAGCUAUUGUGAAGGAGCUACUUAAAUGCAAUGUUAGUUUGGAGCAUAAAGAUAUGGGAGGAUGGACAGCUCUUAUGUGGGCAUGUUAUAAAGGCCGUACAGAAGUAGUAGAUUUGCUCCUUUCAAAAGGUGCCAAUCCAAACGUCACUGGACUGCAAUAUAACGUAUAUCCAAUCAUUUGGGCUGCUGGGCGAGGCCAUGCAGAUAUUGUAUAUCUGUUACUGAAAAAUGGAGCUAAAGUCAAUUGUACUGAUAAGUAUGGAACUACCCCCUUAGUUUGGGCUGCACGUAAGGGCCAUUUGGAAUGUGUUAAGCACUUAUUGAAUAUGGGAGCAGAUGUCGAUCAAGAAGGAGCUAAUUCAAUGACUGCACUUAUUGUGGCAGUAAAGGGUGGCUACACACAGUCAGUAAAGGAAAUUUUGAAAAGGAAUCCAAAUGUGAAUUUAACAGAUAAAGAUGGAAAUACAGCUUUGAUGAUUGCAUCAAAGGAGGGACACACUGAAAUUGUACAGGAUUUACUUGAUGCUGGAACAUAUGUGAAUAUUCCUGAUAGGAGUGGGGACACUGUGCUAAUUGGUGCUGUCAGGGGUAGUCAUGUUGAAAUUGUUCGAGCCCUUCUACAAAAAUAUGCUGACAUAGAUAUUAGAGGACAUGAUAAUAAAACUGCUUUGUAUUGGGCUGUUGAAAAAGGCAAUGCAGCAAUGGUGAGAGAUAUCCUGCAGUGCAAUCCAGAUACUGAAAUAUGCUCAAAGGAUGGUGAAACACCCCUCAUAAAGGCCACGAAGAUGAGAAAUAUUGAAGUGGUUGAACUUCUGCUAGAUAAAGGAGCUAAGGUGUCUGCUGUAGAUAAGAAAGGAGAUACUCCUCUCCAUAUUGCCAUUCGUGGCAGAAGCCGGAAGUUAGCAGAACUCCUUUUAAGAAAUCCAAAAGAUGGACGACUGCUUUAUAGGCCAAACAAAGCAGGAGAGACACCAUACAACAUUGACUGUAGCCAUCAGAAAAGUAUUUUAACUCAAAUAUUUGGAGCCAGACACUUAUCUCCUACUGAUGCUGAUGGAGACAUGCUCGGUUAUGACUUGUAUAGCAGUGCUCUGGCUGAUAUUCUUAGUGAACCAACCAUGCAACCCCCGAUUUGUGUGGGAUUGUAUGCCCAGUGGGGAAGUGGGAAAUCUUUUUUGCUCAAGAAAUUAGAAGAUGAAAUGAAGACUUUUGCUGGACAACAAAUUGAACCUCUUUUCCAGUUCUCAUGGCUUAUAGUAUUUCUCACACUGUUGCUUUGUGGAGGGUUGGGUUUAUUGCUUGCUUUUACUGUGGACCUGAAACUUGGAAUAGCAGUGGCAUUAAGCUUCUUGGCACUUCUGUAUAUAUUCUUUACUGUAAUUUACUUUGGUGGUCGAAGGGAAGGGGAAAGUUGGAAUUGGGCCUGGGUGGUAAGCACUAGGUUGGCAAGACAUAUUGGCUACUUGGAACUCCUCCUCAAACUGAUGUUCGUAAACCCCCCUGAACUGCCAGAGCAAACUACAAAAGCUUUACCCGUCAGAUUUUUAUUUACAGAUUACAAUAGACUCUCUAGUGUGGGUGGAGAAACUUCAUUGGCUGAGAUGAUUGCAACUCUUUCUGAUGCUUGUGAAAGGGAAUUUGGUUUCUUAGCCACAAGACUUUUUCGAGUAUUCAAGACUGAAGAUACACAGGGAAAAAAAAAGUGGAAGAAAACUUGCUGCCUCCCAUCUUUUGUCAUCUUCAUUUUCAUCUUGGGGUGUAUUAUUGCUGGAAUCACUCUCCUUGCUAUCUUUAGAGUUGACCAAAAACAUAUGACAGUGAAUGCUAUUCUUAUAUCAAUUGCCUCUAUUGUUGGUUUGGCCUUCAUCUUAAACUGUCGUACUUGGUGGAAAGUACUAGACUCUAUCCUAAAUUCUCAGCGUAAACGUCUCCAUAAAGCUGCCACCAAACUGCAUAAGUUGAAAAGUGAAGGUUUCAUGAAGGUUCUGAAAUGUGAAGUGGAAUUGAUGGCUAGAAAGGCAAAAACCAUAGACAGCUUCACACAGAAUCAGACGAGACUAGUGGUCAUCAUUGAUGGGCUGGAUGCUUGUGAGCAAGACAAAGUCCUACAGAUGCUAGACACAGUCCGAGUUCUGUUUUCAAAAGGUCCAUUCAUUGCUAUUUUUGCAAGUGAUCCACACAUUAUCAUAAAGGCAAUUAACCAGAACCUCAAUAGUGUACUUCGUGAUUCAAAUAUAAAUGGUCAUGACUAUAUGCGCAAUAUAGUUCAUUUGCCUGUUUUCCUUAAUAGUCGUGGAUUAAGCAGCGCAAGAAAAUUUCUCGUAACUGCCACUCCAAAUGGAGAAGUUGUAUGUUCUGAUAGCACAGGAUUACAUGAAGAUGCUGACAGAAGAGUUUCACAGAACAGCCUUGGGGAAAUGACCAAACUUGGCAGCAAGACAGCCCUCAACAGAAGGGAUACUUACCGAAGAAGACAGAUGCAGCGGAGCAUUACACGUCAGAUGUCUUUUGAUCUUACAAAGCUAUUAGUAACAGAAGACUGGUUCAGUGACAUCAGUCCUCAGACUAUGAGAAGACUACUUAAUAUUGUUUCUGUGACAGGACGAUUAUUGAGAGCCAAUCAAAUUAGUUUCAAUUGGGAUAGGCUUGCUAGCUGGAUCAACAUUACAGAACAAUGGCCCUACCGAACUUCAUGGCUCAUACUGUAUCUGGAGGAAACUGAAGGCGUUCCAGAUCAAAUGACAUUAAAAACGAUCUAUGAGAGAAUAUCGAAGAAUAUCCCAACAACUAAAGAUGUUGAGCCAUUGCUUGAAAUUGACGGUGACAUAAGGAACUUUGAAGUGUUUUUGUCUUCACGAACACCUGUUCUUGUGGCUCGAGAUGUAAAAACGUUUUUGCCAUGUACUGUAAAUCUGGAUCCCAAACUUCGAGAAAUUAUUGCAGAUGUUCGUGCUGCAAGAGAACAGAUUGGAGGACUUCAGUACUCGGCUAUGCAGCUAGAUGUGAAUCCUCGAGCCCCAUCUGCAUUUAAUCUGCCUGCAAGUGUGAGUUCUUCAGCAUCCUUUAAUGGACCUUUUCCUGGUAAUAUGAUAUCACCACAACCUCCUAGCAGCUCUUACAGUGGCUUGACAGGACCUCAGCAUCCCUUCUAUAACCGGCCAUUCUUUGUCCCAUAUGUUAACCUGCCAGGGUAUUACCCUGGCAGUUUCCAACAUGCCAUCCCACGUUCAUCUAUAAAAACGAGUUUUUCCAGAGAUCAGAACAGUGGCCUAGAGGUUAUCAAGGAGGAUGCUGCUGAGGGGCUUUCUUCACCCACAGACUCCUCCAUGGAGGAGGCCAAGACAAGAAAAAUAAAGAUGCCAUGGCAGUGUAAAUCUGGGUUUAACAAACAGAGACAGGGAACAGUGUCAGGACAGUCACUGACAUUGAACUCAAUGAAUGUGGAUUCUGUGUGUGAGAAACUGAAACAAAUAGAGGGCUUGGACCAAAGUAUGAUACCACAGUACUGUGCAACAAUAAAAAAGGCAAAUAUUAAUGGCCGUGUACUGGCUCAGUGUAACAUUGAUGAAUUGAAGAAAGAAAUGAACAUGCAUUUUGGGGACUGGCAUCUUUUCAGAAGUGUGGUACUUGAUAUGAGAAGUGCAGAAAACCAGCCAAUUCCUGAAGAAUCACACGUAAUGUCGGAUCACAGUGAUAUCUCCGUCCCUCAUGGCGAAUCUCUUCGUCGCUCAUUACAUAAUGAAUUGCCACAUACAGAGCUUUCUAGUCACGCUCCCUACACAUUGAACUUCAGUUUUGAAGAACUCAACACUCUUGGUCUUGAUGAAGCUCCUCCACGCCACAGUAAUUUAAGUUGGCAGUCACAAACUCGCAGAACCCCAAGUCUUUCAAGUCUCAAUUCACAGGAUUCCAGUAUUGAAAUCUCAAAGCUUACUGAUAAGGUUCAGGCAGAGUAUAGAGAUGCCUAUAGAGAAUAUAUUGCUCAGAUGUCUCAGCUAGAAGGGGGCGCAAGUUCUGCAACAAUUAGUGGCAGAUCUUCUCCACACAGCACAGGGCUAUACUAUAUGGGUCAGAGUUCAUCAGGGGGCUCCAUUCAUUCCUCUAUAGAGCAAGAAAAAGGAAAGGAUAGUGAACUGAAACAAGAUGAUGCAAGGAAGUCAUUUUUGAUCAAGAGGGGAGAUGUUAUAGAUUAUUCAUCUUCAGGUGUUUCCACUAAUGAUGCAUCUCCUUUGGAUCCCAUCACUGAAGAAGAUGAAAAAUCUGAUCAGUCUGGAAGUAAGCUUCUUCCAGGAAAGAAAUCUUCAGAAAGACCAAGCCUCUUCCAGACAGAUUUGAAACUAAAAGGAAGUGGGCUGCGCUAUCAAAAACUUCCAAGUGAUGAAGACGAGUCUGGGACAGAAGAAUCAGAUAAUACUCCACUUCUCAAAGAAGAUAAAGAUAAAAAAGCAGAAGGGAAAGUAGAUAGAAUACCUAAAUCUCCAGAACAAAACACAGAGCCUAUUAGAACCUUCAUUAAAGCAAAAGAGUAUUUAUCAGAUGCCCUCCUAGAUAAAAAAGAUUCCUCUGAUUCAGGAGUAAGGUCUAAUGAAAGUUCUCCAAAUCAUUCCCUUCACAAUGAAGUUGCUGAUGAUUCUCAUCUUGAAAAGGCCAACCUCAUAGAACUUGAAGAUGACAGCCACAGUGGAAAACAGGGAAUACCACACAGCUUAAGUGGCCUUCAGGAUCCAGUUGUAGCACGUAUGUCCAUUUGCUCAGAAGACAAGAAGAGUCCUUCAGAAUGCAGCUUGAUAGCUAGUAGCCCUGAGGAAAAUUGGCCAGGUAUAACUGUCCAAAAAGGCUAUAACUUGAAUCGAACACCCAGUACUGUGACCCUAAAUAACAACAGUGCUCCAUCCAAUAGAGCUAACCAAAAUUUUGAAGAAACAGAAGGAAUUAGGGAUACUUCUCAAGUUAUUUUGCGGCCUGGUUCCAGUUCUAACUCAAGUGGUAUUCAGAAUGAAAAUCUAAAAAGCAUGACCCAUAAAAGAAGCCAACGUUCAAGUUAUGCAAGGCUUUCAAAAGAUUCUUCAGAGCUUCUUACGGUGACCUCUUCUGACACUGCAGGUUUUGGUGAAGAAAGAGAAAGCAUUCUUUAAGGGAAACAAGAAGAAAAAAUCAUUAUUAUUAUGCCUCCAAGUCAAGAUUUUCUUAAAAGUCCAUCAAACAAGAAUUUAGUAGUUAGUUUUAAGAACUUUUAGGAAAUAAAAGAUUGUCCUGUAAUUAAAAGAAUGGAAUUCCAUUUUUAUUUUUAAAAAUUUUUGUGGUUAUCUGGCUCCAUGUAUUUUAAAGUGAAAAUCUAAGGCUAAAUCUGAGAGUAAUGAACCUUUUGUUAAAUCUUAAAAACAUUGUUUCCAAAUGUAAAGAAAAUGAGACUAUUAUACUUCCCUUUUAGAAAACAAAAUUUGCUUGUUGGGAGACUGCAAUAAUGUGUAAAAUUGAGCAAUCCAUAAAUCCAGUCUUGCAAGCGUUUUUUAAGGCACCUUUAUGUGCAGAGCCUUAUGCUGUGCUCUGGGCUUUAAAAAAAAAAAGACAGUACAAAUAGACCCUGAACUAAAAGCAGCUAACAUUCCAUUGACAGCCAUUGUUGAGACAUUUUUCUGCAUGAAAAAAUAAAUAUUCCCAAUGGUUACAUUUUGAAGCACUAAACAGAUAAUUUAGUAGGACUUUAAGAAAGUAACUUAAUAGUGCCCAGGGAUAGGCCCAGGGAAGCUUUGAUUUUAUCUUUCCUUUUUUCCAUGCUUCUUGAUUGAGAUUCUUUAUAUUACUGAAGACCUGGAAGUAGGUAUACCUAAUAUUAGCCAGAGUGGGUGCAUUGUACUUUGUUAUUCACAACCCUGAAUUUAACAUUCAACUCAUCUGUUGGUUCAAGAGCUAAGCUAAUGAAAACACACUUAGCUAUAAUGGCAUUUCAUGAGUCAGAACCAGAAUAUGGUACCUUUUUCCCUAAUGUACUUGACUUUUCCACUGUGUUGAUAUGUUUAAUUAAUUAUAUAGCCACUUACAAAAAAAAUAUAGCAGCCCACUAGUAAUUGUGUUUUUAACCAUUAUGACUAUUUCAUCCAAUAAGUAUUAUGUGCUUCCUUUGAACAAAGAAUUAUACUAAAAUCUAGCUGGGGAGACAUAAGCAUAUAAGAAGCAUGCCAGUAUUUCUUGAAUGAAUGAGUAAAUUGAACUAUUUGUACAUGAAACAAUUACAUAAUAAUUCAAGAUAAUGUAUUCUUAGAAGAUAAAAAUAUCCAUCACUGAAAGGAAAUGCACCCAUUUUAUUUAUUCCUAAACUUGCAUCAUUUUUUUCUUAUUUGGGGAGGAAAGCAUCAUGGAACCUUUAAUUUAAACCUCUGUAACAAAGCAGGACAGAAAUGUUCAAAGUCAAUGUGAAUAUAAAAAAUCUAGAUUCCAUUUACAUUGGUAUUCCCACAUUUACUGGAAUAUCUAUAUUUGUGUGGAUUAGUAAGUAUAUCACAAUCACCUAGUGAUUUGCUGUAGGCUUUAGAAGUAACUUUUUAUUUAUGCAGCACACACCUGAUAGUCACAACUAGGAAGAAAUACAUAUGUGCAAAGUAUAAGGAUCAUAUGGUUUUAGUUGAAUAAUCUUAUUGUGAUGGGUACUUAAUAGUCAAUAUCUUUUCAUUAAUAUAAUAAGUGAAUCAUUAGCUGGACUGGAAUCUUUCAAUUAUGGUACUAAGUAGUGGCUCCCUUGUGGCACCUAGUGAAGACUGCAUUAUUGUUGUGUGUUAUCUAAUAACUCAUAAAAUAAUUAUUUUAUGCUAUCUUUCAUCAAAAGAAGUAUUUAUCCAGUUACAAAACAAAAGGACUAGGCUGGUUAUUGACAGAUUAUUGGCUUUUAGAAUUUAAUAAUCAGCACAUUGAUCUGCGAAAUUCUGUGAGUAGUUUAGGCCAACUAUUUCAUUCCUUUUAGAUGAGUAAUUGUCGUAUCAGUGUCACUUUAACACAUGCCUUACCCUCGAAGUGAAUUUGCAUGGUUUUCAGAACUUAAGAAUCAAGUGUGUAGAUUUAGAAAACAAUAAAAAAUUGACAUGCUA